AUGGGGGUUCUUGACGCUGAGCUACGUUUGCUUGCCGACGGGCUUUACUUUGGAGAAAGUCCGCGCUGGAGAAAUGGCAGACUUUACAUAUCGGAUAUGACAGGCCGCAAGAUUUACACCAUCGACGCCUCUGGCAGUAAAGAGGUCUUGAUGGAGGUCGAAAACCAGCCGAAUGGGAUGUGUUUUAUGGAUGACGGAACGCUCAUUUAUUCUUCGAUGUUCGAUGGGAGAUUGUAUCAGUAUAAGGAUGGCAUAAGUGAGCUAUAUGCAGAUUUGUCGUCGGUCAUGACGGGAUAUUGCGGAGAUAUGGUUAUCGAUGGUGCAGGGCGUAUCUAUGUUGAUGAUACUGGCGCGCGUGUUCUGCAUGGUGAGAAGCCAUCUCAAGGCCGGCUUCUGCUGGUUGACUCGGACAAGAGUGUCAGAAUUGUUGCUGAGGACAUCGUCUUUCCAAAUGGUAUUGGACUUGAUAGUUCCGGCAAGAACUUAUUUGUCGCGGAGACUUUUGCUGGGAAACUUAAUCGAUUCGAGAUCGGUGACGAUGGUGUUCUUGAGGAUCGUGAAGUGGUGUGGAAUGUCGACGAGUUACCACUCCUAGCUGGGCAACAGAAAACUCGAUUUCACGCUAUUGAUGGGUUCUGCAUUGAUUCCGAAGAUGGUAUCUGGCUCAGCAUGCUUGACUUCAAUGCUUUUGUCAGAAGGGAUGCAAAGGGGAACAUCACGCACAAGAUUCAGGUUGAUGGAGACGCCACAGCGUGUACUCUUGGGGGUGAUGACGGAAAGACACUAUUUCUUGUGGUCAACAGAAUACCAACUGGGAAGGACUUAUUUGAUGCCAUGGUCAGCUUGGACACUCAAUGUACCAUAUAUUCUGUAACGGUUGAUGUUGGGCACGGCAGGGCAAGGCCAUGA